AUGUUAUUUGUGCCGCAGUGGCUCUUCCAGCCGUCGCCUCCAGCAAACACCGAUGACGAGGUCCAGCAGGAAUCACUAGCACAGCGACUACGGCAUUAUACAGCGAAUGGAGAACGUCCUCCUUCGUCAAGGGUGGACCCAUCGCUCGAGCAGCGCGAGUACCAACCACGCACUUUGACCGACCUCUGGAAAUACGGCGCGUUUCUCGCGACAAAGGCAACGGAUGUAGCCUCUGACCUCGUACGACACAAACUCGUCGGCGCACGAAAGAAGAGCUGGGGAGUCGAAAUGACCAUUCUAUCUGCUCUCAUGCGUAAUAUUGGACAAAAUUCCAGUCUGGCAGACCUGCCCAUGCUCCGUUUCUUCAUCUCCAUCUCUGGCCUCGCUCCGUUGCCCUCAGAUGCCAUCGUUACCCCUGUCACGUUCAGGGUUCACAAGCGCAAUUUGCGCGGAUUCUUAGCCGAAAGCGACGCAAAGGAAGACGGGAGCCGAAUUUUAUCGGGCGAAUGGAUUGUGGGACGCAGUCUGUGGCUUCGACUACAGCAUGAAUGGCGCAGCGCGAAAAGAGACGAAAAUGGCAAGCGACCACGACAGAAACCGGGUCGGGUGAUUCUGUUCUUGCACGGUGGAGCGUAUUACAUGUUUAGCCCUGCCACCCACCGUACAAUCACUAUACCGCUCAGCAAGUAUUGCGAUGCCCGUGUAUUUGCAGUGGAUUAUCGUUUGGCGCCGGAAACGCGCUUCCCCGGCCAGUUACACGAUGCGGUCCUCGCCUACCUCCGGCUCAUCGACGACCUUCACAUCCCGCCCGAGAAUAUCAUCGUCUGUGGAGAUAGCGCUGGGGGCGGGUUGACCCUAGCACUUCUGCUUUACCUCAGGGAUAACAAUUAUCCUUUGCCUGCUGGUUCCAUGCUGUUUUCGCCUUGGGUCGAUCUAACGAUGAGCUGCGACUCUUGGGACAGCAAUGCCCAAUUCGACCUCGUUCCGAUGCCUCAAUCUGGAGAUCACCUCAACCCAAUACUAUGCCUCUUAGGACCGGAAGGGAUCUCCAAAUACCUUACCCAUCCCUAUGCGAGCCCACUCUUUGGCGCGCUCGAAGGUCUCCCGCCGAUGCUCAUCCAGUCAGGUGAUGCAGAAGUGUUGAGGGACGAGGCACUGUUGCUCGCGCACAAGGCCACGUUAGCAGGGGUCAAUGUGCGGCAUGAGAUUUACGAAGAUCAGGUCCAUGUUUUCCAAAUGUUCUUCUUUUUGGAAGCGACAAAAAAGGCCAUGCUAAGCUGUCGCGAGUUUGUCGCUGGUGUGCUCAACCCGCGAGAAGGCACUCGGGGUGCACGCGAGAUUGGCAAAGAAGCGGAGCGUGGCCUGGAGCAGGAGAUUGCGGGGACGUCUGCUCGAAUCGUGCGUGGGGAUGGAACAGUGGUGGAAGACAAACGACCUGCGGACCUAUCGUCGUCGUCGAGAGGAUCGUCGCCAGUGGGAGAAGAGGGUCGGGCGUCUUUAGACGUUGAACCCAGCUGGUUUUCGACACGUGAUGGACGAGAUGGUACAGAAGUCGAUAUGGAAUUGGAAGAGCAAGACCUGCCGAUCAGCUUCAAGCCCCGCAAACGCGCUUCUCCGUCCAACCUCGAAUCGUCAAAGACCAAGGAUGCUCAAAGCUAUUUUACAUCGAAAUCGACGAUACUGGAACAGCACACGCCGCCUACUGUACUCGCCGAACGCAAUGGCAAGACGCUGCAGCGACAACGGACACAUAUGCAUAUCAGUGUCACAUCUACAAAUGCUCUCAAUUCACCUCCACCGCUAUUAACACCCUCUGUUCGACGCCGAGAACGGGCCAUCAGUCACCCUGAUGUGCGACUGUUGUGCGAGUCGUUUUCGCAAGGGCCGGCAAUGGAUGUAGUUCGAAUUGAAGCCGAGGGAUAA